AUGCCGAUUGAUAUUAAUUUGCUGAGAGCAUUUAAGGGGGGAUUACCAGACCUCGUGAAAGCGUCUCAAGCAAAGAGAUUUGCAAAGGUCGCUUUAGUUGAUGAAGUAAUAUCGCUAGAUAAUCAAUGGAGAAAGCAUGUGGGUGAUUUAGAUAAACUUAACCGAGAUAAGCGCGUUUUAUCGAAAGAGAUUGGAAUGAAGAGAAAGCAGGGUUUAAAUACCGAUAGGGAAACGACUAAUGUCUCCCUUCUCAGCCAACAAAUAUUGGAUAUGCAAAAAUCAAUCGAAAAUGUGAGGAAAAUGAGAGAUACAAAGCUUGGUCAGAUUGGGAAUAUUGUACAUGACUCUGUUCCUGUAGCUAAGGAUGAGUCACAAAACGUAGAAGUCGCGUCUUGGGGAUCGCCCCGUCCCAUGACCAAGGAUAUGUAUUGUCAUCACGAGCUCUUGUGGAUGCUCGAUGGAUACGAACCCGAGCGCGGAACGCGCGUAGCGGGCCAUCGUGGAUACUUCCUGAAGGGUUCCGCGGUGCUGUUGAACCAGGCGAUCAUCAUGUACGCGAUGCAAUGGAACACAAAGCGCGGAUUCACGCUUUUGCAGACUCCGUACUUCAUGAAUCGCGACGUGAUGGCUGGCGUUGCGCAGCUGGAGGACUUCGACGAGAGUCUGUACCACGUGGAAGGGGAGGAGGGCGAAGAGAAAUAUUUAAUCGCGACGUCGGAGCAGCCGAUCUGCGGGUAUCACAUGGGCGAGUGGCUGGACGAGAAGGAGCUGCCGUUGAAAUACACGGGGUUCUCUACGAACUUCCGGAAGGAGGCCGGAGCGCACGGGAAGGACACGUGGGGCAUUUUCCGCGUGCACCAGUUCGACAAAGUGGAGCAGUUCGUGAUUUCGAAGCCGGAGGAGAGCUGGGCGAUGCACGAAUACAUGAUUCAGAACUCGCGCGAGUUCUACGAGUCGCUGAAUCUGCCGUACCGCGUGGUGAACAUCGUGUCGGGCGCGCUGAACAACGCGGCGGCGAAGAAAUACGACCUGGAAGGCUGGUUCCCGGGGUACGAAGCGUACCGCGAGCUGGUGUCGUGCAGCAACUGCACGGAUUAUCAGAGCCGCGCGAUGGAGAUUCGGUGCGGCGCGACGAAGAAGAAGAACGAGGAGAAGAAGUACGUGCACAUGCUGAACUCGACGCUGUGCGCGCUGACGCGGACGCUGUGCUGCAUUCUGGAGAACUAUCAGACGAGCGAGGGCGUGGAGAUCCCCGAGGUGUUGCAGCCGUGGAUGGGCGGAAUCAAGUUCCUGCCGUUCAAACGACCGCUGCCGCCCGCGAUGCUGAAGGCCAGGGAGGAGAGAAAGUAA